GUUUUGCAGCAUACUUUUGUAAAAACCAUAAUGCUUUGAAAUGAUUCAUCAAGCAACUAUUAUAGUAAAAAAAUUUCCAAUUGCAUUCUUGUCUUCCUAAACUCAUGGCCGAAUCACUUCUUUUCAGCUUCGCAGAAUCAGUUUUAGGAAAGCUUGCCACUGUUGUCGUUCAAGAAGCUUCUUUGGCGCUUGGUGUACACAGCGAGCUACAGCAGAUGACAGAAAGUAUGGCACUCAUCAGAGGUGUGCUCUCAGAUGCUGAGCAAAAGACUCCACAGAGCAGUGCGCUGAGCCAAUGGCUGAGACAGGUCAAGCGUGUGUUUUGUGAUGCUGAAGACAUAGUCGAUGAUUUUGAGUGCGAAGCAUUAAGGAAGCAUGUUGUCAAAACCUAUGGUAGCUGCUCAAGAAAGGUAAGUCGUUUCUUCUCGAAAAGUAAUCCUGCUGUUUAUCGUCUUAGAAUGGCGCAUCACAUUCAAGACAUCAACACCAGAUUGACCAAACUUGCAUCUCAAAGAACCCUGUUUGCCCUUCAAGUCAUUGACCGAGAUACACGUGUCGUGCACGUGAGGAAAAUGACUCAUUCUCAUGUAAACCCUUCCAAUGUUACAGGAAGGGAACAUGAUAGGAAUGAAAUAAUAAAACUUCUGGUGCAAGAUGGUGAUUGUCAAAGUCUUUCUGUUAUUUCCAUUGUGGGAAUGGGAGGCUUGGGAAAAACCACACUUGCUAAGUUGGUCUUCAAUGACACAAACAUUGAUGAAUGUUUUCAGUUGAAGAUGUGGGUCUGUGUCUCUAAUGAUUUUGAACUUAGGAAUGUGCUCAUUAAAAUCCUCAAUUCCGCUCCAAACCCAACUCGGGAAAACUUCAAUGACUUUGAGACGGAGCAACUUCAAAUUCGUUUGAGAGAGACACUUGAAGGUCAGAAGUUCUUGCUUGUGUUGGAUGACGUGUGGAACGAGGAUCCUGAAAAAUGGGAUGAGUUGAAGGAAAUAAUAGAUUUGAAUGUUGAAGGGAGUAAAGUCCUAGUGACCACUCGUAGCCGUACAGUAACUGCCACAAUGCGCAAUAAAUCAUCAAAUUUGUACCUUCUUGGAUGUCUCUCUGAAGAGGAUUCUCUUUCUCUAUUUGUGAAAUAUGCUUUUGAUGAUGGAGAAGAAAAAAAACAUCCGCAACUGUUGGAGAUUGGAAAAGAAAUAGUUGAAAAAUGUGGUGGGUUACCUUUAGCAGUGAAAACAGUGGGGAGCUCACUGUUCUCAAGGUUUGAUAAGAAAGAGUGGGAGUCUAUAAGAGACAAUGAGAUUUGGAAUUUACAACAAAAUGAAAGAGGCAUUUUGCCAGCUCUCAAACUAAGUUACGAUCAACUCCCUUCAUAUUUAAAACCUUGUUUUGCUUCUUUCUCCCUGUUCCCAGAGGAUACUUCUAUUCAUUGUUCUCACAUUUCUACCCUAUGGGAAGCACUUGGUUUUCUUCCGCCACCAAAGGAAAGUGAAUCAAUGAUGGAGGUUGCCAAUCAUCUUGUGCAUGAGCUAUGGUCAAGAUCUUUUCUUUCAGAUUAUCUUGACUAUGGGAGCGAUUGCUCAUUUACGUUACAUGAUUUGGUGCAUGAUCUUGCAACUUAUAUUGCAAAAGGUGAGUUUGAAAGAAUAGAUCUCCGCAAUAAAAAAAAUUCUGAGAAUGCCCAACAUUUAGCCUUUAUGGAAAAUAAUUUGCUUGCUCAAGCUUUUCCUCACAAAGGUUUAAGAAGUGUGUGUCUUCCCGAGGGAAUGAACAAUGAAGCUUUCUUGAUUACAUUGGUGUCGAGAUGCAAAUACUUGAGGGUUUUAGAAUUAUGUUCAUGUGAAUUGGAGAGUUUGCCUUACUUUAUUGGGAAGUUGAAACAUUUAAGAUAUCUUAAUCUCCAGUGUAGUGAAAAACUCAGGAGACUCCCUGAGAACUUCAAAAUUUGCAAACUUUGAAUCUCAGUGGAUGUGUAGAGCUACAAGAACUACCCAAAGGAAUAAGAAAUCUAAUCAGCCUUCGGAAUCUUGUUAUAACCACCAAACAAGUUGAUUUUCCAGACAAAGACAUUGCAGUUUUGACUUCUUUAGAAAAUUUAUAUAUUUGUUAUUGUCAUAAUUUGGAGUCAUUGUUCAAUGGUAUACAACUAUCCACUCUUAAAAAAUUAUCCUUAUUUGAAUGUGAAAGUCUAAAGUCGGUUCCGUUUCACGCCAUUACAAAUUUAAAGAGUUUGGUUAUCUGUCAGUGCCCCAAGUUAGAAUUGUCAAUGGGUCUUGGAAGCCAAAUCCCCGAUUCAAAGUUAAAGUUUGUUUAUCUUGGAGGCUUGCCGCAACUGAUCACGUUGCCUCAAUGGAUUCAAGGAUCUGCAAACUCUUUACAAUUCUUACUUAUUGAGGGUUGCAUCAAUCUUAAGGAGUUUCCCGAUUGGCUAGUAACUCUAGUUUAUCUCAAAUUGCUUAGUAUUUGCAGUUGUCCAAAUCUGUUGUCACUGCCUGACAGCAUGCAUCAGCUCACAAAUCUUCAAAAAAUAGACAUGACUGGUUGUCCUGAAUUAUGGAAAAAAUUCAAACCACGAGUUGGACAGGAUUGGUACAAGAUAUCACACAUUAAACAUGUUUUAAAUGAUGACUCAGAAAAUGAACAAGAGUUAUCGGAAUAACACAAUCAAAAGUUAGAGGUUAUACCAAUUUGUUGGCCUCUCCUCCUCAUAACACGGGUUACACAUGAGAACUUACCUUCAGAAGUCUCACGUUAGUUCAAACUUAAACUUAUCUUAGGAUUUAUUUUUUUAUGUUAUAAAAGGAGUAAAGUGUUUUUGUAAAAAUUCAUUUCAACGUCUCUUCUUUUUCUUUUAUAUUGCUUUAGUAUUUGCGAGAAAAAUAAGAGU